AUGGGUAAGACGCAAAAGAAAAAUAGUAAGGGUCGUUUAGAUAGAUACUAUUAUCUGGCUAAAGAGAAGGGUUAUCGUGCUCGUUCGUCUUUCAAGAUUAUCCAGAUUAACGAAAAGUAUGGCCAUUUCUUAGAAAAGUCGAAGGUCGUUAUUGAUCUGUGUGCUGCUCCUGGUUCGUGGUGUCAAGUUGCGUCCAAACUCUGUCCUAUUAACUCAUUAAUUAUCGGUGUGGAUAUUGUUCCAAUGAAGCCGAUGCCCAACGUUAUUACUUUCCAGAGUGACAUUACCACUGAAGAUUGUAGAUCAAAGUUAAGAGGUUACAUGAAGACUUGGAAAGCAGACACGGUGUUACAUGAUGGUGCACCUAAUGUCGGUUUGGGUUGGGUUCAAGAUGCCUUCACCCAAUCGCAAUUAACCUUGCAAGCUUUAAAGUUGGCCGUGGAAAAUCUAGUUGUAAAUGGUACAUUUGUCACUAAAAUUUUCAGAUCCAAAGAUUAUAAUAAGUUGAUUUGGGUUUUCCAACAACUGUUUGAAAAAGUUGAAGCCACAAAACCGCCUGCAUCGAGAAAUGUUUCUGCAGAAAUUUUCGUUGUUUGUAAAGGUUUCAAAGCACCAAAGAGGUUAGAUCCUAGGUUAUUGGAUCCAAAGGAAGUUUUUGAAGAAUUACCAGACGGACAACAGAACAUGGAAUCUAAAAUUUACAAUCCUGAGAAAAAAGUUAGAAAGAGACAAGGUUAUGAAGAAGGUGACAAUUUAUUAUAUCACGAAACCUCAAUUUUGGAUUUCGUUAAAACCGAAGACCCAAUAACCAUGCUUGGAGAAAAAAAUAAAUUUACCAUUGAUAAGGAUGAUCAUGAAUGGAAGAUCUUAGAAAAAUUGAAGCAAACCACGGAAGAAUUUCAUUCAUGUAUUGAAGAUUUGAAGGUUUUAGGUAAGAAAGAUUUCAAAAUGAUCUUAAGAUGGAGAAAGGUUGCCAGGGAUAUUUUGGGUACUGAAGUGAAGGAUGGAGAUAGCACCGAAAUUGAGAUAGUGCCGUUAACAGAAGAAGAGCAAAUUGAAAAGGACCUUCAAGGCUUACAAGAGAAACAGCGUCUAAACAUCAAACGUGAAAGAAGAAGAAAAAAUGAAAUGAAACAAAAGGAACUACAAAGGAUGCAAAUGAACAUGAUAACCCCUACUGAUAUUGGUAUUGAAGCUGCAAGUCUGGGUAAAGAGUCACUGUUUAAUUUAAAGACUGCAGAAAAAACUGGUAUUCUGAACGAUUUGGCUAAGGGUAGGAGAAGAAUGAUUUUUACAGACGAUGAACUGGCCAAAGAUAACGAUAUCUACAUUGAUGAAAGUGUUAUGAUCAAAGACAAGGACUCUGCUGCUGAUGCAGACGAUUUAGAAAGUGAGUUGAAUGCCAUGUAUAGUGACUACAAAACCAGAAGAUCAGAAAGAGAUGCUAAAUUUAAAGCCAAGCAAGCUCGUGGUGGUGAUAAUGAGGGAGAAUGGACCGGUUUCAAUGAGGUAAACGCGGAAAAGGGAGAGGAAGAAAAUAAAGACUAUAUCGAAGAUAAAGAUGACGAAGAUAUCGAAGGUGAUUCCGAUGACGAUGAAGCCAUCACUAACUUGAUCAGUAAAUUGAAGGGACAAGAUGGUGAUCAUAAAUUGAGUAGCAAAGCUCGUAUGAUUUUCAAUGAUCCAAUAUUCACCAAUGUCGAACCUGAUUUACCGGUAAAUACCAUUAACGAUGGCAUGAUGACUUCUGAGGCUGUUGGCGAUAUUUCUAAAUUACAUAAGAAAAGAAAGUAUGAAGAAAUACAGCCACGGGAAGAAACAGAUUCCUCUGAUGAGAGUUCAAGUGAUGAUUCCGAUUUCGAGAUUGUGGCCAAUGAUAAUGUGUCAGAAGAUUUUGAUUCUGAUUACGAUUCUGAAGAAGAAAAAAAUCAAACAAAGAAAGAAAAGCAUUCUAGGGACAUUGAUAUUGCCACUGUUGAAGCUAUGACUUUGGCACAUCAGUUGGCGCUGGGCCAAAAGAAUAAGCAUGAUCUUGUUGAUGAAGGUUUCAAUAGGUAUACCUUCCGUGACACCGAAAACCUGCCAGAAUGGUUCCUAGAAGAUGAAAAGGAGCAUUCCAAGAUAAAUAAGCCGAUCACAAAAGAAGCUGCGAUGGCAAUCAAAGAGAAAAUAAGAGCAAUGAACGCCCGUCCUAUCAAGAAAGUUGCUGAAGCCAAAGCAAGAAAGAGGAUGCGCGCUGUGACUCGUUUAGAAAAGAUUAAGAAGAAGGCAGGUUUAAUUAACGAUGAUUCUGACAAGACAGAAAAGGAUAAGGCCGAAGAAAUCUCUAGAUUGAUGCGGAAGGUUACCAAAAAACCAAAGACUAAGCCAAAGGUUACUUUGGUUGUUGCCGCGGGUAGGAACAAAGGUUUGGCAGGUAGGCCAAAGGGUGUUAAAGGUAAGUAUAAGAUGGUUGAUGGUGUCAUGAAGAAUGAACAAAGAGCCUUGAGACGUAUUGCGAAAAAACAUCAUAAGAAAAAGUAG